AUGGCAUCCUCAAGCAAUGAUCAGGAUCUCCUGCCUGAGCAGACCGAGGGGUUCAAGGUGGGAGAGAAGAAGACCAUGGAUGAAUAUAGCAAGCUUGAUGCCGACGAUGAAGCGAUGCAACGCUACAAGCAAUCCCUCGGUCUCGGCGGCGGCGGCAAAGACCUCUCCGACCCAAAUGACCCUCGCCACUGCAUCAUCCUCUCCCUCUCCAUGGAAUCCGAAGGCCAAGCUCCCGUCACCAUCGACCUAUCCGCCAAGGACGCCGAGAAGACCCUCAAGGACAAGCCUUUCAAGAUCAAGGAAGGUGCCAAGUUCCACAUGACUGCGAAGUUCAAGGUGCAGCACGAGAUCUUGUCAGGUUUGCAUUAUGUCCAGAUUGUGAAGAGGAAGGGUAUCAGGGUUAGCAAGGAUCAAGAGAUGAUUGGUUCAUAUGCCCCCAACACAGACAAGACCCCAAUCCACACCAAAGCCUUCGCCGAAGAAGAAGCUCCAUCCGGAAUGCUCGCCCGCGGCCACUACACCGCCGUCAGCACAUUCGUAGACGACGACAAGAAGAAGCAUCUAGAGUUCGAAUGGGCAUUCGAUAUUGCCAAGGACUGGUAA